AUGGAUUCACCAGCAGAAGAUUGGACCCCCACCUUUUGGAUUGGACACCAUGACAGCAAACGCGUACGAGUCACUCCAGAAUUCCUGGAGCAAGCCCAUGCUUGUAAUUAUGACAUGCUUACUAGCCCUAUCACAACUCCAAGUUUUCACACGCGAGUGCUUACCCUCGUAUCCACUCACAUCGCGGAGCUGGAGAAGAACCCAGGCACGGACUUGUCGGUACCGACUAUACCUUCUCUGUCGCCAGUUGACACACCGUUGGCUCCGGGCGCGACCGUAUCCCAUCUACUCGCCGUGGUGAGCCCUUGGAUCGAUCUUUGUUCGCCAGAUCCGGUGAUAUACUGCCUAUCUCGUCAAGUCCUGGAAUUAGAAGUGGCAUACGCAGCAUUUUGUGGAAUAGGAAACAUAAUACUACCCAGUCCAAAGUUGCAUCACAGCAAGCUCCAUGGCGAAGGCGUGACACAAUACGCCUACGCCGUCCAGGAAGCUUUGAAGAUCGCACAAUACAUACAACUCUCUAUAAUGCUACCCAUGAUGGACGAUCCUGAGCAAGACAGCGACGAAGUCGAGGGAAGUUUGGCCAAGGAAGCAAGAGCAAAAUAUAUGGGACUCUCAGAAGGGCACAGCAGCAGAGGCUCCAUGGAAUCUACGAGAGGAGCAGUGAGAGAAUCGGAUCAGAAUGAUGAUGGAGCAAACGUGAGGCGUAAGAGGUCUACGAGGUUUGACUUCUUCGGCACAUGGGAUGCAUGGAACGUCAUAAGGACGCUAUGUACAUACAAUGCUAGGCUUUUCGUAGCUCUCUCGGUGCCCUCGCAUCUCCCACCUCUCAGCGUCCGCUCUCGGUGGCACUCAGAGCCCUUGCGCCUCAUUUGUUUCAGUGAGAAGACUUUCUUUCAGAAUGCCACAGGCCAUCCCGCCUUCACUCACAGCCAUCAAGAACUACUGACCCAGUACAUGCGCAUCCGCAAUGCUCCGUGGAUCCUCCUCGUGGACGUUGGUUCCAUACCUGCACCCGAAAGGCCCGAACCCAGCACAACUGUGGCCAAUGGCUGGCAACCGUCUAGCGAAGCAGCUGGGCCCUUCGCAUCCGCACCCACGCCUGCCGAAGCAAGCCAGAUCUGGCGACAAGACAGCAGGAAGUCCGAGAAUGUCGGACCAACGCCUCAUCUCAAUUACCUCCGCUAUCUCCAGCGCAAGCAGCCUCCCAAGACGUUGCUCCAGCGCUUCGGUGCCGGCUAUCAAGACUAUCUACAAUCACCUCUGCAGCCAUUAACCGACAAUUUGGAAAGCAUCACAUACGAAGUUUUUGAGAAAGACCCUGUCAAGUAUGACUUGUACUAUCAAGCCAUCGCUCAGGCUCUGAUUGACUGGCGCGAGCAAGGCAAGCCUGCUUCAGGGCCGGAGGGCCGAGUCGUUGUGGCUGUUGUGGGUGCUGGACGGGGUCCACUGGUCACGAAAGCACUGCUAGCUAGCGAGAGCGAGGGUGUGCCGAUCGACAUGUGGGCCGUGGAGAAGAAUCCAAACGCUUUCGUGCUGUUGCAACGACAUAAUGAAGAAAGAUGGAGCAAUUGCGUCAAUCUUGUCAAGUCGGAUAUGCGAUCUUGGAAAGGACCGCUACGAGAAACUGCAACCCAACCUUCUGGCUAUACAGGACAGUGGCCGCCACCUCGCGAUGAAAACGGUAGCAUAGUCAUUAGCCAGAACCAAUUCUCUGCCGUAGCCUCCACCACUGACCGAACAGUAAGCCACGGCCCCAUCGACAUCCUCAUCUCCGAACUCUUGGGCUCCUUCGCCGACAACGAGCUCUCACCGGAAUGCCUCGACGGCAUCCUCCCUCUGCUAAACCCCACUCACGGAAUCUCAAUCCCCGCCUCCUACACAGCCUAUCUAACCCCCAUUGCGGCUCCUAAACUCCACGCCGAUAUCCUAGCCCGUACAAUGACUGACAAAGAAGCGCCAAACACACCUUACGUGGUGAUGUUACACGCAAUCGACUAUCUCUCCACGACCUCGCGUCCCAGUACGACUUCAUCUGCUACGGAUAGCUCCGCAAUACCGACUCCUGUGCCCAACGUCCUCCCCGUCUGGUCAUUUAGCCACGGUCCUAUGGAAACGCUUCCUGCGUCUUCCGAAAAUACCCACAACACCCGGCAGGCUCGUCUCAGUUUCAAUCUGCGAGAUCGGGCUGUGUGUCACGGGCUUGCGGGAUACUUUGAAGCGACGCUGUAUCCGGGGGUUGAGCUAAGUACAAAUCCGCUCAACAUGGAUGAGAAGAGCCCGGAGAUGAUGAGUUGGUUCCCGAUCUUCUUCCCACUGAAAACACCGCUCUACACCCCCGAUGGCUCCACCCUUACUGUCUCCAUCUUCCGCGCUACGGACAACAGGAAGGUGUGGUACGAAUGGAUGGUUGAAGCUUGGUCGAGCCUGGUGGGUGGCAGCGUUGGUGGUGGCAGCGAGAGGAGGAAGAUUAGACUAGGGGUCAGUGAGGUGGGGAGUUCGAAGGAGGGGGGAUGUAUGAUGUGA